AUGCCCAUACCACCUACCCUGGUAUCUGCUAAUGAUGAGUUGUUCGAAGAUGAAGAAAAGCCCAUUGGGGAAGAGGAGCAACAUGACGUAGUGUUCGAUGUAUUACCUAUAGAUAGUUCACCCUACCCAGAUUCGUCUUCCUACCAGGACCUUGCAGAGACUCAUGUGGAGGACCCUACCGAGUCAAAGACUAUAACCACCCAUAGAAAGUCCAUUCGUGUUUCAUCCUAUAAGAGAGCAACCUCACCGCCAUUAUCAUCGAUAUCAUCAAAGAAGACAUACCCCACCCUUAAAUGGACUCCUGAGUUGGACGAGUGGAUUAGGGAGGAGAGUAGUGGGUUUUAUGAUGUUAGAUGCGAUCACAUUCCAGAGGAUCCCAUGGAUAAAGUGAUCUCAAUAUUAGUCUUGCAAGUAGUAGAACAUAGAGAUCGUAUAUGUCAGGUGGAGGAUGAUCGUGAUUCGCUAACGAAGGAGAUUAGAUUAAUAGCUGGUAGAGUUAAAGGUUUAGAGAAUAGGAGGAACAUAGACGAGAUAUGGAUCCUUCAUAUAUAUGAUCAUUUGGAGGAGACCCAUUAUGUAGUGCAAUAUCAGUAG